AUGCCUCAAUUCCCCAGCAAACUUUUAGCCACUUAUCAGCUUUAUCGUCGCCCACCUCCCACAAUGCGUGUCGCACUCCUCGUCCUCGCGUUCGCCGCUGUGUUCGUCCUCGCCAACCCGGACGCCGACAAGAAGAAGAAGAACAAGAAGACUGCUGCUGCUGCUGCUCCUGCUGAGCCCGCCCCUGAGGCCGACGCUCCUCCCGCCGACGAGUCUGCUUAA